UUAUUAAAUGACCCUAAUUGAUCAAGUUUAUUUAUAAAAAAGUUUUUGACCAUUUCUCACCUUUUCAUUUCCCACCUUCCUCAGUUAUGAAUCAAUGAAAGCAAUGUGUUGUUUUCAUGAAUCAUAAACUGUUAACCUCGGGUACAAGUGCGUGUUUAGUUUAUUAGUCGAUCGACAACUUACAAGUAAAAUAUAGCAGUAUAGCACCGUUGGUUAGCAGAGAUAACACGCAUACUAAGUGAAAGGGAAAGCGGAAAGCAUGCGUCUCCUGACUCUUCUUGAGCACCGAGGGAUUGAUGAACAGGAAGUACCCAUGAAAUCCGACCUCAACUACGCUUGUUUGUGUCACAUAAUCAUUUUUCCACAUUUCUUGUUUUAGAAGCAACUCUCUGUAAAGAGUAGGAAGCUUUUGCAAGAACAUUUUCUCAGCGUGGAAAGAUCUUUUCUCCUUUUCGCACAUACUAUAAGAAAAAAAAAAGUAACCAACCCAAAGCCCCUAUAUUCCUUUGUGUACCUUCAACCCCAAUUAUUCUUUCAAGUGAGCGCUUGAGCAAGUUUUGCAUCCUUACAUAUCCUUCUCCAUGAAGAAACAAUAUUCCUUCCCACCAUUGUCGUAUAAAUAUGCGUCUCGUCGUGUUCUAUAUAUACACCAGCUGAAGAACAUUCAGAAAAAAGAGAAAAAAAAAUAGAUCAGAGAUAUGGCUCUUGACUGGGGACUUGUUGUUGUAUCACUAGUGUUAUUCAUCCUGUUGUCUCCAGGGCUUCUGUUCCAGUUACCUGCAAGAACAAGGAUAGUAGAAUUCGGUAACAUGUCCACCAGCGGUGUCUCCAUCUUGGUUCAUUCAAUCAUUUAUCUUUGUAGCGUCAUCAUCCUACUCAUUGCUGUUGGUAUUCAUAUACAUGCCAAUUGAUCCCACGACAUAAGCAUUCUUGUCUGGAGUUUCAUAUGUGCCGGCAUUCCCUUCAGCAGACAGAGAUGGAUUAACUUUUAUUUCUUUCCUUAAAUCCCUACUUGUAUACUUGCCAUUUGAUUUUCUAUUUUCCUGGCAUAUUGUUUUGUAGUUGAUUUGGGUCUAAAUACUGCUUCAUUUGGCAGGUAUUACUAGCCUGACCAUUCCAAAGAUUUUCAUCUUUCUUUUGUGUGUGUUUUCACUUCACUUGUUAUCUACGUUUUGUUGGUAAUUAACAUUGAAAACAGUUGAACUACAGUUAGCAUUUUUUUUGUUAAA